AUGUACGGUGGGUCGCAGAAGGCUGGGCGAAUCUACUUGAAGCGCCAGCUGUUCAGCAUGGAGAUGAAGGAAGGCGGCAAUGUGGUGCAUCACAUUGCCAUGAAGUCCUCAACAUCAGCGUGA